AUGACGAGCCUUCGUUUGAACCUGAACUCACCUGUGGUCGACCUGGCAGUGCGCUGGACCAAAGAGGAGAAGCAGUUCAGGGUUGGUGUCCUGGAACCGUUUUCGAGUUCUAUCUGGCAGGAGAAGCUGCGCGACUUCAAACUGAGAGGAUGGAACGAGUUGCGUGUUGAUCUUCUGGCAGAGGACGUAAUGAAGAAGCAGGAGCUUCGAUUGUCCGACUUCCAAGAUCCUCACGGAGGUGAGCACAACGUCUCAGUGGAGAUCUCUGCCUUGCGCCAAAGUUCCUUGCAAGAUCUCUCUCUGGUGCUCGAGCAGGACAAGCACCUUGCUGAGCUCUGCAUCAAUGACGUGGACGAUCAGGCCAUGCCAGCGCUGUGUCGUGGUGCAGCUGGCCUUCGGUCAUUCCAGCUCGCAGGCUGCGGCUUGACGGAUGCCGCCGGCAAGCCGUUGGCGCAACUUCUGAAGGUUUCUGAGACGCUGCGAAAGCUGUCCUUGGCCAACAACAGACUGGGCUGCGAAGCUGCAGCUUGCUUAGCCACGGGCCUCCAAAGCAACGACUUCUUGUGCGAGCUCUAUCUCCAGCAGAAUGCAAUAGCAGACAAGGGCUGCUCUUUGCUGGCCAAGUCCCUGGAGGCCAAUCCUUACGUGCUGGAGACUUUGGAUGUGUCUGACAACAGCUUCAGCGAAGUCGGGCGGUCGGCUCUUGAGGCUGCCUUUGGGGUCAGCUGCUCACUGGCCGUGCUACGUUUGGGACAGAGAGGAGCUCAUCACGUCCUGGAGAAGUCACCCACCGCUGCCGUGGGCUUGCAAGGAGAGGCACCUCUCGCUGGAACUGCUCGCCGUGGCUUCGAUUUUGUUGUUCAUUGCCACCGCUUGGGCGCGGAAAUUUGGGCACAAACCACAGCGGACCCCAUCGACCAUCCAGGCAAACUGGUGGACAUGCAGCAAGAUGACAAGGAUUUGGACUUGGUCUUCUCGGUACCACGGCUGGAACCCACUGCCUCGGCUGCGGUGUCGCUGUCAGCCACCACCAUGAAGAUCACUUCGCUGGACCAAACGCUGGUUGACAUGCAGCUGUUUAGCAAGAUUGAUCCGACGACGUACGAACUCAGCUUUCGGGACUCAAUCCUGGAGGUGUCCUUGACCAAAGCAAAUGAGGGGGAGCAGUGGCCGCGCCUGGAAAAGUAA